AUGUUCAAGAAUACAUUCGAUAAAAUGACGAACAUCCGAGACAUCCAUCGUAUUUGUAAAAUUCUAUCGCGUGCAAUAAGUAGUGUGAAAUUGUUGAAUCCUUCUGCCGCUUUGUAUCCUGAAAUAGGCAUAUGUUUGGAGAACAAACCAAUAAGAAUGAAGCUGAGAAAAGGCGAACAAUAUUCCUGGUGUUCAUGUGGUCUGUCCGGAAAACAGCCGUGGUGUGAUGGCAGCCAUACUGCAGAAGGAAUCACAACACUGAAACCCGUGCGUUUCGAAGUUGAAAAAGAUGGAGAAUACAGCCUUUGCGUAUGCAAAGCAACAAAAAACCGUCCAUUGUGUGACGGUAGCCAUGUUAAGGUACAAAAACGACGAUAUACAGAUCCACCUCAAUAUUGUGCAUAUGCCGAAUCACCUGUUUAUGAAGGAGUAGCCAAUAAGCUCGGGUAUAAACCGAAAGAAGGACGUUGGCAUUUUUGA